AGGCUGGCAGAGACCUCUGGGAGCGCAGCGCACCCCAGCAGUGCGCAGGCGCAGGCUCUCCGCUCGCCAUCGUCCUCUUUGUCUGCUGGAGCUGCACUUUCCAUACCCUUCAAAACCUCUGAGGGGGUCUAAGGACUUGACCUAAUUCUGGGAUGCUACUUUGACCUUCAGUCAUCACAUCCAAGUCCUGGGUGAUGCUUCUAUUCACAUGUUUAAAGUCACCAGUUCAAACAAGGAAAGCAAUGGAUGAUUAAGAAGAAAUAUAAUGAAAAUUUUCAGAAGAAUCUUGGCCAGUUCUUAAGCAGACCAGAAGGCAACAUUAAAGACUUGUGAGUUACGUCUCAUCUUUCUCUCUAAGGAAAAUUCAGAAAACCUAGGAAACUGGGAUGUAUUUCCUCUGAGCAUUUGACUGACAUUGCAGCAACAUACACUGAUUUCAGGACUACUAUGUAUGGAAGUCAGUUUAAGAGACUUUAAAACACAAUUUAUAUGUAUAUUUAAUUGUGUAAGAAAAGACACAAUUAUAUAAACAGAAUGCUGUAUUUUUAUCCUUUUAUAUAAUCACUGCAUCUUAGAAUAAUCAAUGCGAGAAAAGUCUUCUAUCAUAAAUUCAACUUCAUUACCAUACCUGAGAAUUAAUAUUGAAAAGAAACCGUAUGACAUCAGUGAAUAUUGGAAAGUUGUCAUCCUUAUCACAUCUCCCUAGAUACAAGGGGAACCUAGGAGAAAGUCCCUGUGUAUGACAAAAGUGUUGGAAUGUCUUCAGUCUGAAUCAGAUCUUAUUCAGCAUGAUGAAAUUCAUACUGGAAAGCAACUUUAUGAAUGUAAGGAGUGUAGAGGAACUUUUAGCCUGAAGCAAAACUUCAUAGAGCAUAAGAAAAUGCAUACUGGAGAGAAAUCACAUGAAUGUACUGAAUGUGAUAAAGUGUUCUCUCAGGUCUCAUCACUUACUCUACAUUUGCGAAGUCAUACAGGGAAGAAAUCGUAUGAAUGUAAUAAAUGUGGAAAAGCCUUCAGCCAAAAGGGAAAUUUCCUUUCUCAUCAGAAAUACGAUAGUGGAGAAAAACCUUCUGAAUAUGGGAAAGCUUCUAUUCAAAUGGCAACCCUCAUCAGGCAUCAGAGAAAUCAUACAGGAAACAAACCAUAUGCAUGUAAGGAAUGUGGGAAAGCUUUUAACAGCAAAUCUUACCUGAGUGAGCAUGAGAAAAUUCACACUGGAGAGAAACCAUUUGAAUGUAAUCAGUGUGGAAGAGCCUUCAGCCAGAAGCAACACCUCAUUAAACAUCAGAAUAUCCAUACUGGAAAGAAACCCUUUAAAUGUAAUGAGUGUGAAAAAGCCUUUAGCCAGAAAGAAAACCUCAUUAGCCAUCAAAGAAUCCAUACAGGAGAGAAACCUUAUGAAUGUAAAGGGUGUGGAAAAGCUUUCAUUCAGAAGUCAGGCCUCAUUAGACAUGAAAGAAGUCACACCGGAGAGAAACCCUACACAUGUAAGGAGUGUGGAAAAGCCUUCAGUGGUAAAUCAAAUCUCAGUGAGCAUGAGAAAAUUCAUAUUGGUGAGAAACCCUAUAAAUGUAAUGAAUGUGGAACAAUCUUCAGGCAGAAGCAAUACCUCAUUAAACAUCACAAUAUUCAUACAGGGGAGAAACCCUAUGAAUGUAAUAAAUGUGGAAAAGCCUUUUCACGGAUCACAUCACUCAUUGUACAUGUGAGAAUCCAUACAGGUGAUAAACCUUAUGAAUGUAAAAUAUGUGGGAAAGCCUUCUGUCAAAGCUCAUCUCUUACUGUGCACAUGAGAAGCCAUACAGGUGAGAAACCCUAUGGUUGUAAUGAGUGUGGGAAAGCCUUUUCUCAGUUCUCAACUCUUGGUCUACAUAUGAGAAUCCAUACUGGUGAAAAACCUUAUCAGUGUAGCGAAUGUGGGAAAGCUUUCAGCCAGAAGUCACAUUACAUUAGACACCAGAGAAUUCAUACUCAUUAAAGUUCUGUUAGGAAAAUGCAUUCUAUUAGGUCUAUUUAGGAAAUUCUUCAGCAGAAUUUACACUUAAUAAUAUUCAAGUUUUGUUUUAUAUUAGACAUAAAUGUGGGAAAUUCCCAUUAUUUAAUAAGUAUCAGAGUAUAAUGAAAGUCUGUAACCCUAAAACUCCCACCAUAAACAUUAUUAAUACUAUACUUUAAGGCUAGUUAGGAUCUAGUAAUGGACAGUUAGGAUCUAGCAAUGGACAUUAAUUAGCAUGGUCCUGGAAGGCCUACUAGGUGCAUUAAGACUAGGAGAGAUACAAGGAUUUUGAAGUAAGACAAAAUUACUUUCUUGUUUUGCUACAUACAGAGUUUGUAAAACUAUACUCAUCAAGAUAAUUGUUUUGCAGUUGUAGAAAAAUGAAAUUAGGAUACACUACUGAAAUGCCUGAAUUUAUGGGAAAUUGGUAAUCAGUGGAGGUGGUAUCUCAGUAGGAAAAUCAUGGAUGA